AGGCUUGGGCUCAUCAUGCCCCUGCGGGGCCGGGCCGCCGGGCACAAGUGGAUCCCAGGCUUGCCUCCGCCUCGACGCGCUCGGAUUAGCUGCAGCUGGCGCCCAGGGAUUUGAAUCUGGACCCCGAGAGGGAGCGCGCCUAGGCCGACCUCGGAGCGGCAGCCCAGAGGCCAACAUGCUUCGCAAAGGGUGCUGUGUGGAACUGCUGCUGCUGCUGCUGGCUGGGGAGCUGCCCCUGGGCGGUAGCUGCCCUCGGGACUGUGUGUGCUACCCAGCGCCUAUGACAGUCAGCUGCCAGGCGCACAACUUUGCCGCCAUCCCCGAGGGCAUCCCUGAGGACAGCGAGCGCGUCUUCCUUCAGAACAACCGCAUCACCCUCCUUCAGCAGGGCCACUUCAGCCCCGCCAUGGUCACCCUGUGGAUCUACUCCAACAACAUCACCUCCAUCGACCCCAACACCUUCGAGGGCUUUGUGCAUCUGGAGGAGCUGGACCUUGGCGACAACCGGCAGCUGCGGACGCUGGCACCGGAGACCUUCCAGGGCCUGGUGAAGCUCCACGCCCUCUACCUCUACAAGUGCGGCUUGGGCGCCUUGCCCGCAGGCAUCUUCGGGGGUCUACACAGCCUGCAGUACCUCUACCUGCAGGACAACCACAUCGAGUACCUGCAGGAUGACAUCUUUGUGGAUCUGGUCAACCUCAGCCACCUGUUUCUGCACGGCAACAAGCUGUGGAGCCUGGGCCAGGGAACUUUCCGGGGCCUGGUGAACCUGGACCGGCUGCUGUUGCAUGAAAACCAGUUGCAGUGGGUCCACCACAGGGCUUUCCACGACCUCCGCCGGCUAACCACCCUCUUUCUCUUCAACAACAGCCUCUCUGAACUGCAGGGUGACUGCCUGGCCCCCCUGGUGGCCCUGGAGUUCCUCCGCCUCAAUGGCAACGCCUGGGACUGCGGCUGCCGCGCGCGCUCCCUGUGGGAAUGGCUGCAGCGCUUCCGCGGCUCCAGCUCGGCCGUCCCUUGCUCUUUCCCCGAGCCGCGGCAAGGCCAGGACCUGAAGCUGCUGAGGGCCGAGGACUUCCGGAACUGCACGGGGCCAGCGUCUCCCCACCAGAUCAAGUCGCACACGCUCACCACCACCGACAGGGCCGCCCGCAAAGAGCAUCACCCGCCGCAUGGCCCUGCCAGGGACCGGGGCCACCCGCACGGCCAUCCGCCUGGCUCCAGGCCGGGCUACAAGAAGCCCGGCAAGAACUGCACCAGCCACAGGAACCGCAACCAGGUCUCUAAGGCGAGCAGCGGGAAGCAGCCCCCUGAGCUGCAGGACUACGCCCCCGACUACCAGCACAAGUUCAGCUUUGACAUCAUGCCCACAGUACGGCCCAAGAGGAAGGGCAAGUGUGCCCGCAGGACCCCCAUCCGUGCCCCCAGCGGGGUGCAGCAGGCCUCCUCUGGCACUCCCCUAGGGGUCUCACUCCUGGCCUGGGUACUGGGGCUGGCAAUCACUCUCCGCUGAGGACCCAGGGCUCCCUCACCCAGCACUGCCAUAUGUCCAGCAAGGAACAGAAUUGCUUUCCUCCUUCUUUAUUUUUUUAUUUUAACAAGUGCAGGAUCUGCUGGGUUUCAGAAAAAGGCUUGGAGCCUUCUGCUGCUGUCUGGACCCUACCCGGUGGAUUAUAAACCCAACGUGUACAGUCCUAGAUGGGAGGGGUGACACAUCUCACCCAGCUGUCCCAGCCAGGCCCCUGCCAGCAUCUAUGGACAACAUCCACUCCAGCACGGUGGUAAAAGGCACAUAAAGUGAAUCCUUCAGCAGCAGUGAUGGGACAAGUGCCCCUACCAGGAGCCAGGCUCUGUGGAAUCCUGGUCAUUUGGAGGGGGCUGAAGGGCCCCACCGUUCUUGAAAGAAGCAGGACUUGGAACAAACAAGGCUCUCCCAGAGCUGGCUGGGGUGACUUGCAAUCUUGGAGCACCCAACCAGUUGGCAUCUUGGCCUUGCCUGAGGCCAACCUGUUCCAAUCUAACCCAGUGUCACCUUCAGUCCCACCGUUGGGGGUAACACCUCUCAUUCCUGAUGUCUCAGGCAACCCUGGCAGACCCUGCUGGGGUCAAAGAACCAAUUACCAAAGGAGAGAUCAUCAGAGGCUGAAAUUUAGAACUUUACAUGCAAUGAGAUUCUUACAGAAGGUGCAGUUUUAUACUUAUGUCCACUUAUAUAUAUAUAUAAUAUAUAUAUAUACAUACACACAUACACACUACACACACACACACACACACACACACACACACACACAAAUGCACAGGUUCCCUCAACCCACUUCCUUACCAAACUGUAUGUCUUACCAUGUUUAUAAACUAUACAGGAAACUUCUAUCUGCUGAACUAAAGAUUGUAUGGGUGACUUCUAGAGAGAGAAAAGUUAUGGGAUUUUUGCCUAUAAUCCCACCUAGCAACAAUAGUCCCUGGGCUUGCCAUUGGCAAGGUGUCAGUGGGAAGAGUUAAGGAGAAAAUACAGUGAGAAUCACUUUAGGGGACCAAUAUUCUUAGAUACUUAGAACAUCACCUUGUUUUGAUAUGCAGCACAUGCCCGUCUGGCGCCCUGGAGUACCCUGUCACUCCUACUGGAGAAGCUGUGUGUGUGAGGGUGAGAAGUGGGGAGCAGGUUGUUAGAUGUCAGGAGCCAGGUGCUGGGGGCUAGCUAGGUGAAGAUGGGGAGGGAGCUUUGGGGCUUUUAAGCCAGCAGGUAAGGCAGUAUCCACAGUGUUAUUCCAGUGAGUUGGACAAGAGCAUCAUCCUUACAUUUUUGCUAGCCAGGCCAGGAACACCGUGAGCCCAGGCUUUGAGCUACAGAAUUCCAACUUGAGUCUUUUUGGCCCUUUGGCUGGGGACUCGGGGAGAGCCCUGUGUGGCUUGGCAGAAGGGAGCAUCUGGUGGCCUUAGCAGAAGAUGAAUAUGAGGGCAUUUCAGAAACCAUCUCAGGCACUUCUGCGUUACUAUGGCCCCAUCCUUCCUGACCGUUCUGGGGAACACCUUGGGGGACAGGCAGAGGUUAGAGGGCCAGACUCAGGGGUCAGGAGCCUGGACAGGCACCAUGCAGGGAACGGAGUGGGCAAGCCUAGUCAGGAAGAGGGGCUGUUAGCCAGGAGUCCCUGGAAGGUAACCGUGUCUUUUGCGCUUUACUCAAACCUGAAUUCCCUACCAGAGAGGGUUGCGUGUGACAAGCAAGAAACGCUGAAUCCAAUUAAGAGAGAAAAAUAAUCAUUAAAAAAAUUAUCUUGGA